GGGAUGAGCCUGGUGCGGGGUUUGGGGUGGAGGUGUCGUGCCCAACCCCCGCCCGACCCCCCCCCAGAUUCGCUGCUGGAUGACAUCGUGCUCACGCAUUCGCUGUUCCUGCCCACCGAGCUCUUCCUGCAGCAGCUGCACCAGCACUUCGUGCUGGCGGGCGAUGGGCCGCCCCAGCGCUGGGAGGAGGGGUCCGGGCUGCGGCGCAAGCGAGCGGUGCUGGCGGUGCUGCUGCACUUCCUCGAGACCUACAAGGGGCUGCUGCAGGAGGAGGAGAGCGCGGGGAAGGUCAUCAAGGAGCUGUACCUGCUCAUCAUGAAGGACGCAUCUCUGUACCACGAGCUGGAGGAUGAGAUCCUGAAACUGCACCAAUUGGUCGAGACGGUGGAGCUGAAGGUCCCCGACGAGACCCCGCCCCCGAGCAAACAGGUGAAGCCGCUGUUCCGCCACUUCCGCCGCAUCGAUGCCUGCCUGCAGACGCGCGUGGCUUUCCGUGGCUCCGACGAGAUCUUCUGCCGUGUCUACAUGCCGGACCACUCGUACGUCACCAUCCGCAGCCGCCUCUCGGCCUCAGUGCAGGACAUCCUCACCUCCGUCACCGAGAAGCUGCAGUACUCAGAGGAGCAGAGCGCCCGCGAUGAUGCGCUCAUCCUCGUCACCGUGGCCUCGUCCGGAGAGAAAGCCGUGCUGCAGCCCAGCGAGGAGUGCGUCUUCACCACGCUGGGCAUCAACAGCCACCUCUUCGCCUGCACCCGCGAUACCUUCGAGUCGCUGGUGCCGCUCCCAGAGGAGAUCCAGGUGGUGCCCGGGGACAGCGAGAUUCACCGCGUGGAGCCCGAGGACAUCGCCAACCACCUCACCGCCUUCCACUGGGAGCUUUUCCGCUGCAUCCACGAGCUGGAGUUUGUGGAUUACGUCUUCCAUGGGGAGCGCGGGCGGCGCGAGACGGCCAACCUGGAGCUGCUGCUGCAGCGGUGCAGUGAGGUGCAGCACUGGGUGGGCACGGAGCUGCUGCUCUGCGAGUCGCUGGGUCGACGCGCGCAUCUGCUCAAGAAACUCAUCAAGAUCGCUGCCAUAUGUAAGCAGAACCAGGACAUGCUCUCUUUCUACGCCAUCGUCAUCGGGCUCAACAACGCCGCCAUCAGCCGCCUUCGGCUCACCUGGGAGAAGCUCCCAGGGAAAUUCAAGAAUUUGUUUCGGAAAUUUGAGAACCUGACGGACCCCUGCAGGAACCACAAGACCUACCGGGAGGUGCUGGCCAAGAUGAAGCCCCCCCUCAUCCCCUUCAUUCCGCUCAUCCUCAAAGAUCUGACCUUUCUGCACGAAGGCAGCAAAACCCUCUUGGAUGGGCUGGUCAACGUGGAGAAGCUGCACUGCAUUGCUGAGAAGGUGAGGACCAUCCGCAAGUACCGGAGCCGCCCGCUGUGCCUGGAGCUGGAGCCGUCCCCCAGCCAGCUGCAGACCAAGGCCUACGUGCGGCAGCUGCAGGUGAUCGACAACCAGAACCUGCUCUUCGAGCUGUCCUACAAGCUGGAGCCCGGCGGGCAGUGAGCGGCGCCCGCCCGCACUCUGCACUUUGCCCGGGGGACCCUGGGGCCUCCCCACCCCCCGCGGGCCCCCUCUAUUUUUGUAUGUGUCCCCAUGGCCCCGUCCCCGCUUCCGCCUGGGCCCUGGGCCCCAGAAUGUGUAUAUUUUGUACCAAAUGCGUCUUUAAUUGUAAAUUUAUUUUUUAAGAAAAAGGAGGAAAAAAGGAUUAAAAAAAAAAAAAGAAAA